AGAGAGAGAAGGUGGAGGCUACAGACUGUACUUACUUAACGGGGUUCUGGGAUCUGGUUCUUCUCGGCCCGGCGGCUGACUUGUGCACCUCUGUCGGAGGUCACUGCAAUCUGGAUUUUAAAAAAAAUAUAUAUAUAUAGAAAGGGAAGAGAGGUCAGCAGGAAGGACAGGAAUGAGAGAGGAAUAAAGAGACAGCUGAUAGAAAAAGAAAAAGGGAGCGACAUCGCGGACGAGCCACCGAGAAGGAGACGAACCCCGGCCAGACGACCCUUUAGCACGGAUACAGGGGAGGCAUAAGAGGAGGGGGGAACUAACGGGAGACAGACUGAUAAAUAACACAAGACAGGAAAGCCAUCAUCACCAGGCAGGCAUGGCAGAUGCAGACCUGGACUUCCAGACAGGUGAUGCUGGGGCAUCCGCCACCUACCCCAUGCAGUGCUCUGCCCUGCGUAAAAACGGCUUUGUAGUCCUGAAGAACCGACCCUGCAAGAUCGUUGAGAUGUCCACCUCCAAGACUGGGAAGCACGGCCACGCCAAGGUCCACAUGGUCGGCAUUGACAUCUUCUCUGGUAAGAAAUAUGAAGACAUCUGUCCCUCCACCCACAACAUGGACGUCCCCAACAUCAAGAGAAUGGACUAUCAGCUGAUUGGGAUCCAAGAUGGCUACCUGUCCCUGCUCCAGGACAGUGGUGAGGUGAGAGAGGACCUGAAGAUCCCAGAGGGAGACCUCGGCAAAGAGAUAGAGGGCAAGCACGAAGCCGGAGAGGAGAUCAUGAUCACCGUUCUAAAUGCAAUGGAGGAAGAAGCGGCCAUUGGCAUCAAAGCCCUGGCUAAAUAAGCCACCGCAGGGGUAAACGAGAUGCACUGGACCUGGGGGGAAAAGGAGGGAUUAUUGCCUCGUCAAUGCUUUUCUCCCUCUUUCUUUUUUUUCUCUCUUCUCGUCUUGGUUUUUCAUACUCUCUCUCUCUCUCUCUCUGUCUCUCCCUCACUUUGUUUUCUGACCCCUCUGUGGGUCCGUUUAGAAAAUAACUAAUUGGAAAUGUCAAGCAAACAUUCUCUAUGUGAACGCACUCAUAAUAAAAAAUCCACACAUCUGGACUUGAAGGUUUAAUAAGGUCACGGAGGAGUUCAAAUAUUCAGUAGCUUCCUAUCAUCAGGAGAAAGAAAAAGGUGGUGCUACUCAAACAUGGGUUUUAUUUUUUAUACAUGUCCCACCCUGUUUUCUGAAGGGCUUCAACUCUACAUCUGCAUUGUUCUGUUGAGGCUUGUUCAGCCUGUGUGCCAUACAUGACGUUUUUUUCUGUGUGGCGCUGUUAUUUCAGCAAGUCAUCUGAACAAGCCCCUCCUCCUGCUGUCGAUUUGAUCACCUGAAACUUGUCUAUUAAACGAAAGGUUACAAACAUGGCACACCGAGGUUCAGUAUCCUUUUUGUCUCAAGGAGUUAGAAGUGAUUAAAGGAUGCAAAAAAGUCAUGAAGAACACUGAAGUUUCAUUCGCCGAGGCCAUCAGUCGGCCUCUGCUUAACUCAGAGCUCGUUCGGAGAAACGUCUGAAAUAUGAUUUGGUAUACGAUAAACAUGAGCAACAAUCCAGGAGGCCAAUACGUUGUGUUUGUCUCCGAACAAAUAAAGGUUGACACAAACUGUUGAACGUGGCAUUUGUGUUUUUUGUUUAUUAAACAACAUGAAAGAUUGGAACAGCAGAGGAUGUACAAAUGUUUGUAAAAGGAAAACAUCAAAACAAGAUUCCUCGAUCAAUUUUGUUAAGCAAGUAUAAUGGCUCCAUUGUGAUCAACCAGAAUUCAGCUGCACAAUGAAUCACUGUCUUUCAUUAAGUCAGUGGGUUUCAUAUUCAGUGCUGUGAUCCAAUAUUAAACCACUGCUGAGGACUUUCACUUAUUGUGGAUCUGCUGCUUUUAGUCAAGCACUGCUCAUGUCUUUAUAAAGCACAUUAGUAUCC